ACCAGAUGCUGACACUACACCCUGCACACCUGGCUGCAGCUUCCUCCAGGACCUGGGCACACAGGAGCCUCAGCAACCAGUGCAGGAUGAGCAGCAAAGAAGAGGCCACUAAGUGCCCCCCGACCACACUCUCCAGCUUCACCAUCCAGUCCAUCCUGCAGGGCACCACCACCUCUGCCAGGAGGGAGCCCAUCAUCCCCUGCAGGGAGCCCAGCCCCAGCGCCUCCUCAGAGGAAGAAGAGGAGGAAGAAGAAGAGGAGGGAUGGAGGGAUCAGCGCUGCUUCUGCUCCGGAGCAGACAGGGAAGAAGCCCCCCGCACCUGCAGCGCCCAUAGGUGUCUCAAUAAUACAAAAGGACCCCAGAGUUCAGAAGCCAGGACCCAGCUGCCCUCUCCCUCCCAGCAGGACUACCCUGGGGACAAGGACAGACAUUUAACCCCCAGCAGCACAGCAGGAGACAGGCAGAGGGAGGCUCAUGCAGAGAGGCAGGCCAGUGCCAAGAAGAAGACCAGGACAGUGUUCUCCAGGAGCCAGGUCUACCAGCUGGAGUCCACCUUUGACAUGAAGAGGUAUCUCAGCAGCUCAGAGAGGGCUUGUUUAGCCUCCAGCCUCCAACUCACAGAGACCCAGGUCAAAACCUGGUUCCAGAACCGCAGGAACAAGUGGAAGAGGCAAUUAUCUGCUGAACUGGAGGCUGCCAACAUAGCCCAUGCCUCUGCCCAGACUCUGGUGGGCAUGCCCUUAGUAUUUAGAGACAAUUCUGUUCUGAGGGUGCCAGUGCCCAGGUCUAUUGCCUUCCCAGCCCCCUUGUACUAUUCAGGCAGCAACAUGUCUUUACCUCUGUACAACCUGUACAACAAGCUGGAGUACUGACUGCUGCCCCCUGUGCCAGCCCAGCCAUGGAGGUGCCAUCAUACACCGUGUGUAUGCCACUCAUCUCCAGAUUGUUAUGUAUCUAUGUAUUAUUUACAGAAUUGUAUGAUAUCUUAUU